UGUUCUGCAAGGCUUCACAUGUAACACAGUGCGGAAAAUGAAAAAGAAAAGGGUCCGAGGGCUGAUCCGUUCCUGUAGGCCAAGGAAAGGCAGGGCAAAGGUGAAGCUGGAGGAAACACAGCUGACGUGCAUGUAUAACCAGCUCAAGGGACACCUCUCUCAGGACUUUGCAGAUUAUCCAUCAGACAUGCUCAUCUACCUAAACAUCAAAGAUGUCCAGGGUGCCAACUGCAGGUCAUACUUUACCGCAUUGGGUGCUGCAGACUUCACUGUGGCCUCCAGUGUUUUGAACAAAGACUCGAGGCUAUUCAGCGAAGCCCAGAACUGCUUGGGUAUAAGUGGUGUGAAACUAAACGGAGGCGACGUGGAGGUGUUAGGGAACAUGGUGUGCACUCUGGACAGUUCUUACAUCGAAAACAGCGAUUCUCUCAUUUUGGAAAAGCUCAAAGUCUGCAAGGACCUCUCUGCCAGCCAGGUGGCUGCCAUGGAGAAACUGCUGCAGUCUGGGAAGACAAAAUACGGGGAUGUCACCACCUGGAAUGCGAAAACCCUGGUAGACCUCGGAGAGCUACCUCUUUAUUUGACAGGAAACUUCUGGGGCAAAUUCAAAUCUAAAACAAAGAAAAGGUUCCUUAAGACCUUUAUGCCAAAACAGAGGAAGAAGAAAGUGAGGAAGAGUAAACUCAAGAAGCUGUUCAAACACAUCAGUGCCCGCAAGACAAAACGAGGAGCAGGCUGCAUUGUGGGCAACAUCACCCAGGUGACAGUCAGUGACAAUGCCUUCCCAUAUGGCUACGACCUGAUGCAAUUCAACCACUGCCUGGACAUCCCCGUUCUAAAGGACAGCCUGGACUCUAUCUGCCAGAAAGUGGGACGACGAUGACUUUCAGAAAGUCAUUCUGAGGAAACUCAACGAGGCUUACCCAUUGGGUGUUCCUGAAGAGCAAGUUCAGUUGCUUGGUUCAGUGUCUCGUGUGGCAACACUGAAUGACAUCUCCAAGUGGAUAAUCACCAAAGUUGACACCCUGGCGGCACUCGUGAAAACUGGAGAUGGGGUCCUGGGAGGCAGCAAAGAGCAAAGCAAUCAUCACCAAGUAUCUGGUAACUCCUGGAAACUCCCUUGGCGCCACUGAGCUGAACAGCAUUGACUCCAACCUGUGCUCAUUAGACAUCAGCUCGCUGGAGAAAAUCAAGCCAGACAGCAUCAGAAAUUCCAAACCUUUGAAUUCGGCGUCAUGUUCAAGGAAGCAAAAGAAAGUCCUGUAUGAGAUCAGUAAAAUCUCCUUCGUCUCACAGAGUUCCAAUCCCACUACUUACUACAACUUAAUUAGGUCCUAUCUAGGCGGGGCACCUCUGACAGAUGUAGUAGAUUUGUCAAAACAGAACAUCCACAUGGACUUGAACACUUUCCAGAGUCUGGACCCCAACGUGAUCGCUAAAUUGACUGCGGGCGGACGUGAAAGCCCUAGUGGGAGCCAAUCUACCAGAUCUGAAGGUGUUUGAGAAUGAUACCGCGGUUGAGACCUGGAGAAACUUGUUGACCCAGACAGAGCUGGACACCCUGGGUGUGGGCCUAACCACCAGCAGAGCCACCUCGACCACGGCACCACCAAACCCAGCUUCCGUAAAAAACAACAAAAGGAAAAGCAACAACGGCCAAGACGGUGAAAACCACACCAGCUAAACCAAUUACAACCACAACCCCGAGAGUGACAACAACAACCGCACAAGUCAACGCCACAAGUGGGGGAGCACAGCUUGCAAAACACCCAACAUCCAUGUUCCUGGCUGCUCUGCUGACAGCUGUGCUGCUGCAACUACUACAAUAACCAUCAUAAAUAGAUGUGAAACUUACUUAUCAUACUCUUCAAUAAUCAGUAACUAUUUAAUACAUUUUUCAGUAAUGCUCACUUCUUUAGAGUGAGAUUUGUUUAUAAUUAUGUUAGUUAUUUAUCACCCUGGAAAAUAAAUUGGUAAUUCUACUGCUCACUCUUAAUGUUUAAAAUUGCAGGAAUAUAACAUUCAUAUAAUAUGUUCUAAGGUGAUGGGUCACUAUAUACUCAACUUGCUGGAAUUUUUUAAAGGUUAGCACUGCUAAUAAUUGCCUUUAUUUUGUAUCAUUAUUAAAGCUUAAGUGAAUGAAAAAUACAUAUCAUAAAUUGCACUUUAUUGUCUAUUAUUGUAACUACUCCUCAA